AGAUGCACAAAUCCUUUCAUGGAGGCUCCCACAUGUUGUGUGUGCAUGUGGAGGGCAGAAAGGGGCAGUGUGUGGGUGUAUCCUCCUGGCCCAAGGGCUGCACUAGAAAACCACAGGGAUAUUUGUGUGAAUUUCCUUUUUCUUGCUUGCUUCAUUUCCUUUUUUUUUUUUUUCCCUUUUUUCUGGCUGUCUUGUUGCUCUCUCCUGAUUUACUGCAUGUGCUCACGUGGCCUUGGAAAGGGGGGUUCUCAAACUGUUUUGCUUCCAAAAGGAAAAGAAGCUGGCAGGCAUUCAUAUUUCAGUUCUGGAGUUAUGUAGGUUAAAGUCUCCCAGUGGAAAAGGGAAGAUAUGAGAGAGCAGAUUGCUGGUGGCAAUACUCACCAGAAGGAAAACGGAAAAAAGAGCACGGAAUUCUGGAGCUGCAUCCUGACAAAUGUGAGCCUUGAGAGGUGAGCAAUGGGAUAGGAAAGUGCUGCCAGCCCAUGAAUUUCCUGAAGAAACUCCCUUUCCACCAGCACCAACAUGCAGAGCAAUUACUCCCUGCUUGUCACCACCAGGGAAAGUCUCCAAGUCCUGUCCACAGCACUGACAAACUCAUCGGCUGUGUCACACUCAUCCCCUCCCUGCCCCGUUACCUCUUCAGAUUAUCAGUUUUCACUAAUUCCAGCCCUCUUCUCUGCGGUUUUUGUUCUUGGCUUGGUUGGCAACAGCGUGGUGGUUGUGGUGCUCUGUCGUCACACUGGCCCCAAGACAGUCGCUAAUAUCUACAUUUUCAACCUGGCCAUGGCAGACCUGCUGUGCCUGGCCACCCUCCCCUUCUGGGCCACCUACUACGCUCAGGGAUACAACUGGCUCUUCGGGUCCCUCAUGUGCAAGAUCUCCAGUUCUGUCCUGUGUCUCAAUAUGUUUGCAAGUAUUUUUUUCAUUACGUGCAUGAGCGUGGACCGGUACCACGCCAUUGUCCAUCCUAUCCACUCCCAGAGGAGAACUCCACAACAAGCUUAUUUUGUGGCAUUGGUUGUGUGGGGCCUCGCCUGUUUGUCCUCCCUCCCAACUUUUUAUUUCCGAGACACUUACUAUGUUGAAAGCUUGGAGGUCAAUGCUUGCAUUAUGGCCUUUCCUUAUGAGAACUAUGCACAAUGGUCUGUGGCAACAGCCUUCCUGAAAAACACCCUGGGCUUCUUCAUCCCCUUGGCAGUGAUCACCACCUGCUACAUCUGGAUCAGGAGGCACUUGCUUAAAGCACAGCAGUUUGGGAAAAGCAGGCAGAAGAGGGACAAAGUCCUGAAGCUGGUGGCUGCUGUUGUCAUGGCCUUCCUGAUCUCCUGGCUGCCAUUCCACGUUCUAACGUUUUUGAAUGCUUUGGCUCACAUGGACGUCAUUGCCAGCUGUGAGGUGGUGGGGCUCAUCGACACGGCGCUGCCCUUCGGCAUCUGCAUGGCCUUCGCCAACAGCUGCACCAACCCCCUGCUCUACUGCUUCAUUGGCAACCAGUUCCAGGAGAAGCUGCACCGCCUGUUCAAGAGAAGGGUUCACCAGCUCAGCAGCCACCGGGAGAGCUCCUCGGCCAGGAGGGGCAGCUGCUUCAGAGAGGCUGAAACCCCCAUGGGCAAAGAAGGGGAACCUGAGUCCUUCCUGUAGGCUCUGGGGCAUGGUGUGGGGUGAUGUCAGUGCAGCUGGAUGUCCCUGCAGUUGUGACAUUCCUUCCUCCUCUUCCUUUUGUUUUGUGCCCAUUCAUUCACCAGAUGUUUGAAGGAGAAUCUGGUUUUGUCAUACACGGGGAUUUAUUCCUCCUCCCUUUUCACAACAAGAACUCAAGUUUCACACAGAGGGAAGGUUCUCACAAAUAACUAUAUUGAUGGAAUUUUAAAUAACAGCUUUUUGCAUGGCUGAGAUCUGGCAAAUGUUAUGUGUAACAUCAGAAGUCUAAAUAUACUGAAGGACCUUUACACCAUAGCUACAAUUGCAUAGGUGCUGAUUAUUAUACCCUAAACUGAUAUUCUAAAAGAGAUUCUCACUAGAGAAUGUGUAAAUAAAGCAGUGCAGGUAUUUCUGUACCUACCUGUAAGAAAAUAUUUUGACAUUUAUUUUGUAUAUUGUAAUUUUUAAAAAUAAAUGGCAGAGAGGUAUGUAAAAUGCAUCAUAUAUACGUCCAGCUUGCUUCAGCCUGGGAUCCUGAGAAUCUGUGGAGAUUUGGUUCUGCAGAGUGCCGAAGGUGGGAGGGUAUUCUUGUGGGAAAGUAAAACCACAAAGUGCACAUUUUGAUACCUUUCUCAUAGCAGAUAACAUGUCCAUAGGCCAGAUGGUCCUCUCUUUGAUUCAGUGUGGUUAUUUGUGACAAAAAUGCUGCAGGAAGUGAACAUGCAGUGUCCUGCCACAGGAGUAUGCUGAGCCCCACACACUGUCCAGCAGCCUUCGUGGCAAGGGCUUGCUGAUUGUGUGGACCUUUUGCAUUUUAAAUGUCAAUUACUAAUGUGAAUUUGGAGUACUGCAUACAGAAAUCCUGAGUGACUCUGUCUUGUCACCCAGAAGCAAAACCAUGGUGUGAGUUUACUCAUUUUAACUAGAAGAUUGAAUGACAAAAAAAAGUAUUUGAGAAAUGCUGAUUGUAUUUUGAGGUUGCUUUUGAUGUUUAUUUGAAAUUUUAUUUUCCUGGAGAGAUACUGGUCCUCUU